GUAAAGGAUGGCAUGUGGACAGGCCUACGCCUGUUUUUGUGGCUCCACCUAACGAACAACCAGAUCAACUUUACGCCGCUAUCGUCAAAGAUUUUUCCGCGAUUUUUAACUAAUCUUGACCUACACGGAAAUAAGAUCACCACUAUUCCGAGCCAACUGUUUAAAAAUGUCAUCAUACAAUAUGCGCUGGACAUGAGCGGAAACGAGAUCACGUCGCUAAAUUCUGGUAUAUUUGCCGCUGGACCUGUGAUCCCUCGAUUAAUCAAUACUGUUCACAUGCGCUUGCAGGAUAACAAGAUCGCGACCAUUGAAGAUGAUGUGUUCGAGCCUCUGAAACUACUUUGGGAAAUAAACCUUGGCAACAAUAAACUUACGAGAAUUACCAAUGGAAUGUUCAACAAGGCAGACAACUUAGGUUUACUAAAUCUCCAUGGCAACGAGAUCACUGUGAUGGAGGACGGGGCAUUUACUAACAAAACACGGCUACGCACCAUCUACCUGAACAAAAACAAGCUCACUUCAAUCAAUGAUGAACUCUUUCAGGAUUUGAACUCCCUGCGCAUUCUUAAUCUACAAGAAAACAACAUUAAUACAAUAUCAGCCGAUGCACUUGCCACCACUGACGCUCUCUAUGAACUGAAUCUGGCGAAGAACAACCUCGCAUCGCUACCGAAGAAACUUUUCAAAACGGCUAAGGGCAUACUGGCGCUAUGGCUCCAGAGCAACGCCCUCACGGACUCUGCGUGGGAGGCGAUAAAGAGUCUGAGUGUGUUAGACAGCGUGGACCUCUCGCUAAACAAACUGUCAAGUGUACCCAAGGAAAUGUUUCUCGAUAAACCGAAGGCGAGCAUGGUAAUACUGACCGACAACGAUAUCAGUGAGGUUGGAGUGAAUGCAUUUGGCAGCCACAAACGCCUUGACCUUGACCACAACGUCAUAAUUACUCUCAAAGAGAGCUCGUUCAUCUUGGAUAAAAAGCCAGCAAUUCUCAAUCUUAACGACAACCCGUUGGAGUGUACCUGCGACAUUCGCUGGCUCGUUGAUGCCGAAUUUGUCAGCGACGAUGCUCAGUGCGACGGCACACCACUCAGCGCGAUCGAUGCUACGAAGCUGCAGUGUAAGAAUGUCAACAUUGUAUUCGCGAGCUUCAGUGCGACACAGGAUACGAUCAACGUCACAUGGACUGUCAACGACGACACGUACAUAGACGAGUACGUACUUGAGUGGUACGAGUACCCGAAUGACAACAAAGCAAGUGCUUUGGUUUCCGACCCAGGAGCGAGAUCCUAUCUCAUCACUGGGCUUAUCAAGGAAACGAUAUACACCGUCUGCGUUACCGCAAACACAAACGCAGGCGAUGCAUUUCCGGACCCGCAAGAAUGUGUUUACAUGUCAACGACAGUCAUGACCCCCGAUCCCGAAGUUGACGCCAUCACGCUGAUCGUCGCGGUCGGGUCUACGAUUGGUGGUCUGCUCCUAAUACAGCUAGUAGCGUACUUCGCCUGCUGCUAUAAGAGCGAGGAAGAAGAAGAUGACGGAAUAAAGUAGACGCGGUGAUCUUCAACGUCAACUUAAUAUCUAUAACAAUGUCGCCUGUGUCGAGCCAGACAACGCCAGAGGCAGAGGCGGCAUCAGCACCAAAGUCGAUGACAGUUAUGAUCUUCCAACACGAGUGGAAGUGGAAAGACUCUAACUGAAUUUUACCGAGGAGACGUUCUAUUGACUCUAAGCUGGGGUGACUGUGUGGAAAUGAGCGCGAGUGAGCUGAGCUGCAAAAAAAACCGGCGUCGUGAGAAUGCAAUUUGUUUUCAUUUUCGGAUUUGUGGGAAUUAAUUUGUAUUAUAUACAUAUUUACGUUGAUUAUUUGUGUUACUGUAAUAAUUACGUUGGAGGACAAUAAAGAAUCAGCGAAUGGCAGAAAAUAGCUAGUGUUUAUAUCGCACAUUCAAAAGCAUUGGCGGCGAGAUGAAGUCCGCCCUCACCACGCUCACACUACAGAACGUUA